GCCAGGCGUGGUUGUGCCCGUCACGCCGUCAACCUCGAGCUCUCCGGGCUUGCAGCCUCGGCAUCGGUCGUGCCGCGCGUCGACGAGCUGUCGGUAGCAGUUCUGUUUAUAAAGUGCGCGCGCGCGCCCGCCAUGGCAGCUAGCGCGAGAGCGGCAAUGGCGGGGCUGCACUUCCUGCUCGUGCCGCUGGUGGCGCAGGGCCACAUCAUCCCGAUGGUGGACCUGGCGCGCCUCCUCGCCGCCCGCGGCGCGCGCGCCACCGUGGUCACCACGCCCGUCAACGCCGCGCGCAACCGGGCCGCCGUCGAGAGCGCCAGGCGCGCGGGGCUCGACGUCGAGCUCGCCGAGAUCGCGUUCCCGGGGCCCGGGCUCGGGCUGCCGGAGGGGAUGGAGAACGUCGACAUGGUGGUGGAGAGGGAGCACUUCGUGGCCUUCUUCCAGUCCGUCUGGAAGAUGGACGCGCCGCUGGAGGAGUACGUGCGGUCGCUGCCGCGGCGCCCGGACUGCGUCGUCGCCGACUCGUGCAGCCCGUGGGCGGCGGGGGUGUGCGCCCGCCACGGCAUCCCGCGCCUGGUGCUGCACUGCCCGGCGGCCUACUACCUCCUCGCCACGCGCAACCUGGCCAAGCACGGCGUCUACGACCGCGUCGCCGACGAUCUGGAGACGUUCGAGGUGCCGGACUUCCCGGUGCGAGCCGUCGGUAGCAAGGCCACGUUCCGGGGUUUCUUCCAGUGGCCCGGUGUGGAGAGCUUGCAGCGUGAUGUGGACGACGCUGAGGCCACCGCCGACGGCCUGGUCAUCAACACGUUCCGCGACAUCGAGGGCGUCUUCGUCGACCGCUACGCGGCGGCGCUCGGCCGGAAGACGUGGGCCAUCGGGCCGACGUGCGCCACCGGCUUCGACGCGGACGCCAAGGCCGGCCGCGGCAACCGCGCGGACGUCGACGCCGGGCGCAUCGUCUCGUGGCUCGACGCCCGGCCGCCGUCGUCCGUGCUGUACAUCAGCUUCGGCAGCAUCGCGCGCCUGCCGGCGAAGCAGCUCAUCGAGCUCGCCCGCGGCCUCGAGGCGUCGGGGCGGCCGUUCGUCUGGGCCGUCAAGGAGGCCAAGUCCGACGCCGACGCGCGGGCGUGGCUCGCCGAGGGGUUCGAGGAGCGCGUCAGGGACAGGGGCCUCCUCGUCCGGGGCUGGGCGCCGCAGGUGACCAUCCUCUCGCACCCGGCGGUGGGCGGCUUCCUGACGCACUGCGGGUGGAACGCGACGCUGGAGGCCAUCGCCCACGGCGUGCCGGUGCUGACGUGGCCCAACUUCGUCGACCAGUUCUCCAGCGAGCGGCUGCUCGUGGACGUCCUCGACGUCGGCGUCAGGUCCGGCGUCACGGUGCCCGCGAUGAACCUGCCCCCGGAGGCCGAGGGGGUGCAGGUGCUGAGCGUCGACGUGGAGAGGGCGGUGGCCGAGCUGAUGGACGAGGGCCCCGAGGGGGCCGCGAGGCGGGCGAGGGCCAAGGAGAUCGCAGCGAAGGCGAGGGCAGCCGUGGAGGAAGGCGGGUCGUCGUACGCCGACCUGACCGACAUGAUCCGCCACGUCGCGGAGCUCAGCGAGACGAGGAGGCACGAGAGGGACGCGAGCGCGGUGGCCGCCCUGCCCGCUGCGCCGGAUCUUGGGACCAAGAGCAGCGAGAAGGUUGAAGCCGGCGCUGCUCUGUCAGUACAGUCCUAGGUCGCAUUGCAUAUGAUACGAGAUGACUAGCCUCAGCUUGUAGGGUGACGAAUUGUUUGCAACAAAUUGUAGUGGUUUGUAUGAGGUGUAUAUGCAUGGCCAAGUAAAAAGAACUCGUACCUCACUAGUCACUACCUCUGCCUUCCUGCCCUCGUUUCAAAAAUAUAGUAUGACAGUAUGACAUUGACCUC